UGGUGCAGGUAAGCAUCGCACAGACUCAGCAGGUGCUUGUACACGCGGAUGGCGACGCUUCCUCUCAGAGCACCCCGUUCUGACGCCUCUAUUAAAGAGAUGCACAGGAUCCCAGCCUGCAAACCGCAGUCGCAGAACCGAGAAACGUGGCUACGGACGGACUGGAUUAUGAGAUUAAGCAAGGGGUGUGAGGAAGAAAUGGCGGCAAGAAGAACACACGACGUUGAAGUGGUCGUCACUUGCCCGCCGAUGUUGUUGUGGACCUGUUUCAGUCGCCCAGACGGACCGACGCAGGAUCUGAGAAGCUGCGACAGAUGACGAAGCUUGGUCUGCACUUCAGCUUUGUCGAGAGGUGAAACAAACCAGGUGGUGUUGAAAUGGCUCCGCACAAAUUUGUUAUUAAGUGUGGGAACUUUGCUGUGUUGGUGGAUCUCCACGUUCUGCCCCUGGGCGCCCAAGUGGACACCAGCUGGUUUACUACAAGCCAUAUUGAGGAGGUCACGUCUCUGGUUCGUGAUGCUGUGGACCAACGAGUAAAGCAGUACGCAGAGUUCCUACACAAUAGAAGACAACACAAACAGAAAAAGGAACUUCCUAUGGCUUCUGCUGUAGUUGUAGAAGGCAAAGACUUCAGCCUUGCUGCCAAUUUUCUGAAGCGUCACAUCAGCCUCCGCUGCAUCGUCAAGCAGGUCUACGGAGAUCUGCGUGUGUUUCCUGAGCGCUACGUUGUGUGCGUGAGUUGUCCAGAGCAUUCAGCAGCUCGCCUCGGAAACCUGAGCCCAGCCACAGCGGUUCCUUGUGAGAAAAGCAGAUCUGAGUAUUUUUCCGAAGUGGGCGAAAACCAAGAGCCAUCAACCGUCCUCACACAAACAAAGAAGACUGUGCUGCAGAAGCUAGCCAAACAAGCCCGUGUCCAGCGUGAGUCUCCUGGUUCCAGUUUGCAGGAGCAGAACAUUGACCCGAGAGUCUGUUUGAUAAAGGGGGAACACACAAGUCAGUCAGGGGGAAGCUUUCCAGAGACGGAGGUCCAGAAUCAGGACCCGGGCCCUCGACAUCCCACGCCGACGCAGCCUUCCAGCAGCCCAGAUGGGGCCCCAGCGGAACCCCUCGCACAGACGGUCAGCCCAGCGUCCAGGAAAAGCCGAAAUUCUAAGUCAAGCAGCUCGAGUGAGGAUCCUCAUCGGCAGAGAGCCAAGAAGAAAUGCCUGGGAAUGACCAACCCCACACUCCCGCCUCACGCCAGCGGGCGUGACCCUCCUUCCCCGACGCCUCGUCCUCCAGACCGGGCAGAGUCCAAGGCUUUCCCAGUCUCCCAGUGCAAGGAAACCACACUGGAAGUGGAGCUGCUUACUUCAGGGAAACGGGCCCAGAGGCUGCUCCCCCUCACAAGCAAUAACACGGCGCAGACAAACCAAAACAGGCCGGCCGCAAGUCUGAGGGGCCUAUCUGUCAAGCUCGCAUCCUCCGCCGCCUCUAUUGCUUCCAGACCCGCAGUGGCAGCGGAGGCCAGCGAGAACGCGCCCCGGACCUCCAGAUUACGACGACAGAAGAGGUCCUGAGGGGACGAUCCAGAUGCCUGACGCCAAGAAGAUAGAGAUGAUACCGCUGCAAAGGCCUGGCGUUUCACCCCACGCAGUCGCCCAUCACGUGUUACUACAGCGCCUGCUCCGCCGGCACCAGCACGGAUCGAAUGUUCAACACAUAAUUGAUGCAUGAGCGUCUGUCAAAUACUUGAAGCAGAGUUCGCCUCCACCCAUAAGUGGCGGCGGUCAAGAGAGGCUCGCAAAUCCGACUGAGAAAAACCUUUAAUUGGGGUUUCGAUUCGCCUUUGUGUUAAAGAUGGAGGGGGGGUUUCAGACAGGCAGGAGCCGGGCGCCGCGUCACGCCGCUGGACCACUGGCUCCUCCGUGUUGGACGCCGCUGCACUUCCCUGAUGGAUCGCUGCUCCAUCGCAGCCGUUAUUUUCCCCCAGUUCAUUCAUCCACUAGUUGCUGGCUCCUGAGCCCCGCUCACCCAGAUGUGUCACAUAUUUCGCUGAGUCACUGACGUCGAUUAGCGAUAGCAUCUUUUUCAAACCUUCUGUCAACGGCUGUCGGAGCCAGAUCUGCAGUGGAGCGAAUCUUUCAGUCUGUUGUUUCAUGACGUCAUGUCAGCUCAUGUUGUACUCUGCUGUUUUAUGAAUUAAACUGUUUAAUUUGAACACUGUUGUUUUGUUUUGACUCUUGUGAAAGCUCCCCAUUGUUC